GGCCUUAGGGAGGCGAGCGGGCGGAAGAGGAGGGACCUCAGAGGUCGAGGAAGGGCCCCGGGCCUAGAAGGGCGGUGGGAGUGGCCGGUCCUCGGGAGGAGUGACACGCGUGAGCCAGCCCUCACUUUCGUCAUGGCCGACGCCAUGAACAUCGUCACCUCCUUCACCACGACUUAGUAGAGCCGCGGCGGGCCCUUCCCAGAGCUCUCGGGUGUCCAUUCCGUCUGUCAGCACGCACUCACCCCGAGCGCGUCAUGACAGGAAAAGAAGCACAUUUCAAACCUUUGGGAAAGAAGUGUGCCUCACAGAUCAUUUGAUGUGCCCCGUCCCCAGCACUGUUCGCCAAGAGCUCAUCUGCUGUGAGUGCCAGGCCAAAUUUGGGGGCCACCUGCCAGUGCCCAGGGCUGAGGCAGUGCUGCCUUACUGGGUCCCUCUGUCCUUGAGACCCCGAAAGCAGAUCCAAAAGAUGGUCCGGUUUUAUGUCCCCCAAACCACCAGGGCAUGCCCCUGCCCAUGCCACCGCUUUGGGGGCCGCCUCCCGAUGCCUAGGGAUCAGGCCAUGAUGCCCUACUGGGUGCCCCAGGUCCUGAGGUCUCACAAGAAGGUGGUGAAAAGGCAGCAGAGUUUUAAAGGCAUCCCAGAAAACCCCCUGGAAGCGUGCUCCAGGUACUACUGCUGGCGGAUCUACGGCGAAGGGCGCCGUUUCCUCAAGUGGCAGAAGCUCCAGGCCCUUCACCAGGCUGAGCCGGUGGUCUUGGGGCAGCCAGCAGGGCCCCUGGCCUCCCUCCUGCCCCUCAGCCUCAGCCUCCUGGCCCUCCUCCAGGCCCUCCUGAGGGUCAUGGUGGCCAUCCGGUGA